AUUCGUAGCACAUGACUGCAGAUGGCAGGGUCUGGUCUCUUCAAUCGCGUGGCGAUUCCAGGGCCCUUCGAAGAAAAACCCGUGGUUGAUUGGGGAUGGAGGGACUCUGCUGAAGCUGCUGAAGUCGUUAAGGAGAAGGUGAUCUCGGAUCACCCGGAGGUCAUCAAGGCUCCAGCAACUCCAGUGCAAGAAAUUCCAAGGCCGACACCUGUUCAGCCUGAUCCCAAGGGGAAGUUUCUGGGCAACGAGCGGAGGGUUUCCAUCUUAUCCGUGGAGGUGAGUGGUGCCCGCUUGAGCGCGUGCAAUGGCGUUUUCCGAUUCGAUGGCCUGCAUCAACAGAAGCCACUCUUCAAAGCUGACAGUGGCGCCAUCAUCUAUUUUAACAGAUUUUGGAAGAUCAAUGGGGUCUUCAAGACGAGCUCAUGGAUGUACAGCAACCCAGAGAGCAAAAGUAGUUUACCGCCGGAGGGCGAAUGGACCUUGGAAGGGUCGCUUGAGACCACUGCCGGCUCAGCUCCCACGGUGAAACUUGUGGAUGAACCCUUCAGAAGUUUGGGGCCACAAGGCGUCUCUCUCCGGCUGCAGGGUGGCCGAACAGUCCUCAAACGCGAGGAGAACAAGAGUUGGCGGUGGAUUGAUGUUCCGAUCUAUGCUGAAAAUGAAUCUGCAGAGGACGGGAUCGAAUCAUUGGAAGCUCUUUGCGCACGGCUUGAGAGAGAGGAGGCGGAGGAUAGUGCUGAACUGAACUUUGGGCUUUUUGCCACAUCAGAUGAGUCUCCCACAAGUAGCAGUGUAGCCAAGACCAAUGGCUACUAUAGCUUCGACAUGAUCCGGCAGAUGGGUCAAGAACUCAUGGCCCAGACGGCUUCGAGUAGUGCAACGGGUCCUAGCAAAGAGCCAGGGCCACCAGGGCCACCAUGGCCACUCGAGACCCCUGGCAUUAGCCUGGGUGAGCGUUUGCGGCGCUCGAAUGCGGAGUCCAGGCGUGGUGAUUCUGGUAAUCUCCUGCGAGCCCGUCUUCACUUCUGAGAUUCGACAGCCACUAUCCGGCAGCCGGAGAAGAAGUUGCUCCUGGGCUGUGCGGCAUGAGACGUCGCGAUGGAAACAA